AUGGGAAAGGGUUUUUUUGUCAGCAAGGUGGUUGCUGUUGUUGGCAUCCUGUUUUCUAUAGCUGCUAUUGCUACAAUUAUAGCUCUGGCUGUUGUAUAUGCACAAGAAAAAGACAAAAAUAGUAAUUUGUCCAAGCCUAGUGAACCCACAAGUGCCACUCCAAGCAGACCAGAGAAUGCAACAUCAAGUGGAUCAACACAUACAGCCGGGACGAGUUCCAUCAUCUCUACAGCCGGGAUGAGUUCCAUCAUCUCCACCACUCCAUCUAGUGAACCAUGGCAAAAAUACCGUCUUCCAAAAACCCUUCAACCAUAUCAUUAUAAUGUUCGACUGCGUCCAGUUCUAAAGGAGAAUGCUGAAGGACUCUAUGUGUUUUAUGGAAAAAGUGAAGCUUUCUUUACUUGUAAUGAAGCAACCAACCUUGUCAUUAUCCACAGUAAAAAGCUCAAUUUCACCACAAAUCCCAAAGCCACUCUCAGGGAUAGUGCUGGGAACAGUCUCAAUGUGUCUAAGGUAGAAGAAGUGCCAGUAACACAGUAUCUGGUGCUACAUGCUGAACACCCCAUGGAAGUUGGUAAACAGUAUUCCAUUCGCACCGAUUUUGUUGGAGAGCUAGCAGAUGACCUGGCUGGGUUUUACCGGAGUGAGUACGAGGAAGAUGGAGUACUCAAGAUCAUCGCUACCACACAGAUGCAGGCUCCUGACGCCAGGAAGGCAUUUCCCUGUUUUGAUGAACCAGCGAUGAAAGCUACUUUCAACAUCACCAUCGUACACAAACCAGACUAUGUGGCUCUAUCAAACAUGAAUCCUAUCAAUCAAACAAAUAUAACUGAAGAUGAAGAACCAUGGACUGAAACGGUUUUUGACACAACCUUGAAGAUGUCCACAUACCUUGUGGCAUUCAUAGUUUCUCAGUUUAAAUCUAUUGGCGAUCCAGGGAAUAGUACCACGACUGGGGUUCACAUAUGGGGCCGUAAAAAAGCUAUUGAAGAUGAGAAACAAGGAGACUAUGCUUUGGAAAAAACCAAGCCCAUCCUUGAGUUUUUUGAAAAAUAUUACAGUACUCCAUAUCCUCUGCCAAAGUCAGACCAAGUUGCUCUACCUGAUUUCAGUGCUGGAGCCAUGGAGAACUGGGGACUGGUGACAUACAGAGAGACAGCUCUGCUAUUUGAUCCUGAUGUAUCAUCAAUUGGCAACAAGGAAAGAGUGGUCUCCGUGAUCGCCCACGAGCUUGCUCAUCAGUGGUUUGGAAAUCUUGUGACCAUACGAUGGUGGAAUGAUUUGUGGCUGAAUGAAGGUUUUGCCUCCUACGUGCAAUAUUUGGGCGCAGACUAUGCAGAGCCUGAUUGGCAUAUAAAAGACUUGAUAGUACUAGAUGAUGUGCAUAGAGUAAUGGCGGUUGAUGCACUGGCUUCUUCUCAUCCACUGACAUCACCAGAGGAAGAGGUGAACACUCCAGCUGAAAUAAGUCAAGUCUUUGACUCCAUCACAUAUAGUAAAGGUGCUUCAGUUAUUCGCAUGUUAUCUGACUUUAUCACCGAGGAAGUGUUUGUUGAAGGAUUAGCUACCUACCUCAAAGCAUUUGAAUAUAAUAACACAGUGUACAGUGACUUGUGGACUCAUUUGCAAACAGCAGUUGAAACAAACUUGUCAUCUUCAUACCUACCUCAGUCAGUGGCUAGGAUCAUGGACACGUGGGUCCUACAGAUGGGAUUCCCAGUGGUAACAGUAGACACAACGACUGGACUUAUAACUCAGAAACAUUUCCUCUUGGAUCCGGACUCUAACGUGACACGUCCAUCUGAGUUUAAUUACACCUGGAUUGUGCCAAUUUCAUAUUCAAAAAAUAAUGUCUAUAAUAACUACUGGCUGCAGAAUCCAUCAGAAACAAACAAUGAUUUUAAGUUGGCUGAAAAUGAAUGGCUUCUAGCCAACAUCAAUGUAACAGGAUACUACCGAGUUAAUUAUGAUGAUGGAAACUGGAACAAGCUCAUUGCACAACUGGAGACUGACCCUUUGACAAUUCCUGUUAUCAACCGUGCCCAAAUCAUUGAUGAUGCCUUUAAUUUAGCAAGAGCCAAGUAUGUGCCUACAACAAGAGCUCUAAACACAACCAGGUUCCUUGCAAAUGACACUGAAUACAUGCCAUGGCAGGCAGCCCUGAACAGUCUGAGUUUCUUUACACAGAUGUUUGAUCGCUCAGAGGUGUACGGACCAAUGAAGGAAUACAUGAAGAUACAAGUCCAACCACUGUAUGAUUACUUUCAAACUAUGACUUUAAACUUUACAACUCGACCAGUCUCACUAACAGACCAAUACAAUGAAAUAAAUGCUAUAAGCACUGCAUGUAGCUAUGACAUUCCGAAUUGUUCUGAAUUCGCAUCGGAACUAUUUAAUGAAUGGAUGAAAAAUAACAUAAGCAUUCAUCCAAAUCUGAGAUCAACAAUUUACUGCACUGGAAUAGCUCAGGGAGGAGAAACUGAAUGGGAAUUUGUAUGGGGAAAAUUCUCUACAUACAGUAAUGCACAAGAAGCAGACAAAUUGAGGGCUGCUCUGGCCUGCAGUAAGGAGCCCUGGUUACUCAACAGGCUCCUGGAAUAUUCACUAGAUACAAGUAAAAUCCGCAGACAAGACGCUGUCUCCACCAUUAACAGCGUUUCCAGUAACGUUCUAGGACAAAGUCUUGCCUGGGACUUUGUGAGAGCCAACUGGAAGAAAAUGUUCGAUCAGUUUGGAGGAUCGUCUUUCUCUUUUGGUAACUUGAUUGAACGGGUGACUCGACGAUUCGCCAGUGACUUUGAACUACAGCAGCUGGAGCAGUUCAAACUUGAUAAUCAGGAUGCUGGGUUUGGGACAUCGGCUCAAGCAUUGGAACAAGCCAUAGAGAAGACUAAAGCAAAUAUCAAAUGGGUGAAUGAAAAUAAAGAACCAGUACUGAACUGGUUCAAGGAUGCAAUAAAAUCAUAG